UCAGCGACGAACUUCUUCGGCUUGCUGUCAGAUAUGCACCAAGACACACGAUGGCCCUCCCACUCCCUCCCGGCCUCACGCCAAACGAAGUCGGUUUUCUCUGCGAAAUGGAACUCGUCACGGUGAUCCCCCGCCAAAGACUCGAAGGACUGGAGCUGCUAGGAGGCCCUACAGAACGCCUCAACCCACCAUUCCCAGCCCAACUCCCCCUCUGGCUCGCCCUCCUUCUCAAACGCCAAAAACGAGCCAAUAUCUCCCCACCACCCUGGCUCUCGCCUUCCUCUCUCCAAUCCAUUCUCGAAUUCGAGACCGAUCCCAGACUCGCGGGCGCAUUAGCACCGGGUCCCGACCUCCCAGAAUCCACAGGCGUCAGUCUCCCCAACGAACCCUACCUCAAACACGAGAGCUUGGAGAUCAGCAGUCCUUUCAUAAAAGACAGCAGUACAAGUCGAGCGCAACAAGAACGUCUACCAUAUCAUUGGAAUGAGCUUGGGUUCUUAUUACUCACGCAUGCGAGCGAUGAUUUCGAGGAUCCGGAUACUGUGAGGAGACUGUUACGAGAUUUGAGGGAAGUGAGAAUGAGUAAAUUGAGGAAAGGUUUCAAGGCUUUAGAAGCAGGUGCUGGAUUGAAGGUUAAUGGAGUUGGAGGGAUGGAAGUUGCAGAGAUCAGAGGGUUUGUGGGAGGUGUGGUGGACGGGCUGAGAAAGCUGAACCAGCCACGCGAGGAUGCACAAAAGGAGCAGGAAGCCGAUGGCCAGGAUGCUCUGGGUGGGAGCGGGAACUACCAGGACGAUGAUGACGAUAUGGAACUAUAGCAUUUGCGAAUGAACGGCAAUAUCGCGAGGCUCUGACUGGAAGGUUUCGAAAAAGUAGCGGACGCGACGUUCCACGAUACGCCCUGUGCACAGCAUCCCGUCUGCUACAAGUUGAUGACGACUCGAUGCUUUUGUAGGACGGGAAGUACAAGCAAGAUGCACCAAACCGUCCGCACACGUUGCUUGGGCCAAAAAGCGGCGGCCCAGAAUCGUAGAGCAUGCGUGCCUCGAUCAAGACGGGAGACAAUUAGCGGGAGGUUGGACUCCGGUACGAAACGAAUACACACAACCUCUC